AUGCAAAGCACAGAGGUGGAGUAUGGCGAAAACUGGGGCUCGCAAGUGACGAGCAUCAUGGAUGGCAAAAAGGCUGAAGAUUGCAUCGUCUGCAACAGGACCGGGCAUGUCAUCCCAUUGCUACAGCCUGGCAGCACAUACGUGCCAAGCAAAGCCGAGUUUCCGAUCAGGAUCUUCACAGUGACCAGUUCGACGGUGCCGGCACCUGGGAGAUUCUCUGCCCUGUCAUCAACGCUCCCAGCGCUGCAGCCGGCAUUGCAGCCGGCAUUGCAGCCGGCAAUGCACAUGGAAGGCGAGGAUGCCUUUGGAAGCCGUGACAUGGUAUCAGAGACGGUGACAGAUCUCACAGAUCGGUAUGUCAUGCAAGACAAGCUUGGUGAGGGAACCUAUGGCACAGUCUACCGGGCAAGAUGCAAGCUGACCCAAGGGCAGGUGGCCAUCAAGCGGAUACGGGUCAUGCAAGAGGAUGAUGGCGUUCCGGCCGUUGCUCUGCGUGAGAUUUCCCUUCUCAAAGAGCUUAACCACAGACAUGUGGUUCGGCUGUUGGACGUGUACAGCAGCCCCAGCAAUUUGUACCUGGUGUUUGAGCGAAUGGAAAUGGAUUUGCGAGUGUAUCUGAAGCGUCACGGCAAAAUGGAAGGCUCCACUUUAAGGAGUGCCCUGUGGCAAUGUGUCUCUGGGAUCGAGUUCUGCCACUCACGCCGGGUGAUCCACCGUGAUCUCAAGCCCCAGAAUGUCCUUUUGGAGUUCAGAUCGCGGAUGCGAUUAGUCUUGGCAGACUUUGGCCUUGCGCGGCUGUACAACGUUCCCCUGAAGGUCUAUACCCACGACAUCGUGACGCUGUGGUACCGGCCACCCGAGAUUCUGCUGGGCCAGGAGCAGUAUGGUCCCAGCACCGACAUUUGGUCUUUGAGCUGCAUCUUCGCAGAAAUGGCCACAGCUCAUGCCCUGUUCACCGGUGACUCUGAGAUUGAUACGAUCUUCAAGAUCUUCCGAGUCCUCGGAACCCCUGACGAAGAGGUUUGGCCAGGGGUCAACAGAUUGCGAGACUUCAAGCAGACCUUCCCCAACUGGCGCAAUACUGACUUUGCUCACGUUCGAGCUAUGGCCGGGCAGAGGUUCAACUCCGAUGCCAUGGACGUUCUGAGACGAUGCUUGCGAUACAAUUCCACUGAACGGCCGUCUGCCAAGAAGAUGCUGGCCCUUCGCUAUUUCACUGAAGAUUCGAACCGUUCGGAGACCCGCUCAGUCGAGGGAGCCACUGAUUUGUCAUGA